AUGAUUUGGAAACGGGCAAUAAAUACGGGGGAGAUUCUGCCGUUGUGCGCGUGGUUGGGGAGGGAGGGAUAUGAAGACGACGUCGUGGCGGUGGGUGGGAUAGGUUGGACGACAGGAAAAGGCCGAAAACGACAGCAGACGAUGAGAUGGUGGCAGCCUGGCACUGCCAGUGGCCAGUGGGAUGUUGUUGUGGUUGUGGAGGUCAGGAUUCCAGUCCACGCCCCUUUACAUGAUUGA